UGUGAGGUGUGCAGUGAAACCAAGAUGAAGGCUGUGAAGUCCUGCCUGCAGUGUCUGACUUCCUACUGUAAGACUCACCUGGAGCCUCAUCACAGAGUAACAGGCCUGAAAAGGCAUCAGCUGAUUGAUCCUGUAAAGAACCUUGAAGACAGGAUGUGUAAGGAGCAUAACAGACCUUUAGAGCUCUUCUGCAAGACUGACCGGAUGCCAGUGUGUGAAUUUUGCAAGCAGUGCAAUCACAAGGGGCAUCUCAUCAUUUCUCUGAAAACAGAAUAUGAGCAAAAGAAGGCCGAAGUGGAAGCAAGAGAGGGUAAAAUCCAUCAGAUGAUCAGAGAAAGACAAAAGAAAAUAAGCAACUUCAGAGAAGUGUUAACGUGCAGCAAGGAAGCUGCAGAGAGAGAGAAAACAGCAAGUGAGCAAAUAUUUGACAGUCUGAUCAAGUGUGUAGAAGAAAGUCGGAAUCAGCUCGAUGGUGUGAUCGAAGGGAUGCAGAAAACAACAGAGAGCCAGGCUCGAGGCUUCAUCAAAGAGCUGGAGGAAGAGGUGUCUGAGCUGAGGAUGAACAUCUCUGAGCUGCAGCAGCUCUCACACACUGGAGACCACCUCCAGUUUCUCCAGAGUUUACCAUCCCUGAACCCUGUUCCACCCACCAAAGACUGGACCGAGGUCACGGUUCACUCGUCAUACGAGGGGAUUGUGAGGAAAGCUGUCGCUCGGCUGGAGCAGACACUCAGUAAAGAGAUGAAGAAGCUGCACGACGAUGUGGAGCUGAAGAGGGUUCAGCAGUACGCAGUGGAUGUGACUCUGGAUCCCGACACAGCACAUCCUAACCUCGUCCUGUCCGACGAUGGGAAACAAGUAUCUGGUUGUAACAAAAGGCAGAAUUUCCCCGAGACCCCCAAGAGAUGCAUUUAUUAUGCAAAUGUUCUGGGAAAGCAGGGGUUUUCCUCAGGAAGAUUUUACUAUGAAGUUCAGGUCAAUGAAAAAACUCAGUGGGAUUUGGGAGUUGCCAACGAGUCAAUAAACAGGAAAGAGAAAAAGCCUCUGUGCCCCAGGAAUGGCUACUGGACCAUUCGGCUGAGAAAUGGAAAUCAGUACAAAGCUGUUGUUGGGCCCUCAGUCCGUCUCAGUCUGAAAGCAGAACCACAGAAAGUGGGGGUGUUUGUGGACUACGAAGAGGGUCUGGUGUCUUUUUAUGAUGUAGGAGCAGCAGCUCUCAUCUACUCCUUUACUGGCUGUAACUUCACAGAGAAACUCUACCCAUUAUUCAGUCCUUGUUUUGAUGAAGGUGGUGCAAACUCCGCCCCUCUGAUUAUCUCUUCUGUUCUUCCAAAACAUUAG